AUCUAGUCCAACCCUCCUGCUCGAGCAGGGUCACCUAGAGCAUGUUGUCCAGGACCCUCUGCUGUUCCACGGAAGCCUUUUCUACUUUGAUUUCCCUAGCAUCCUGCAGCAUCAGGACAGUUCAAUGAAGACAUGAUCCCAACGGUGGGCUUCAAUAUGAGGAAGAUCACCAAGGGGAACGUUACCAUAAAGCUCUGGGACAUUGGUGGCCAGCCUCGUUUUCGCAGCAUGUGGGAGCGAUACUGCCGUGGAGUGAGUGCCAUUGUGUACAUGGUGGAUGCUGCUGACCAGGAGAAGAUAGAGGCCUCAAAGAAUGAACUUCACAACCUGCUUGACAAGCCCCAGCUCCAGGGCAUCCCGGUCCUAGUCCUUGGGAACAAGCGAGACCUCCCUGGUGCUUUGGAUGAGAAGGAGCUCAUUGAGAAGAUGAACCUAUCUGCCAUCCAGGACCGAGAGAUUUGUUGCUACUCUAUUUCCUGCAAAGAAAAGGACAAUAUCGACAUCACCUUACAGUGGCUUAUUCAGCACUCGAAGUCUAGGAGAAGCUGAGAUCCUGCGGACCGCAGCUCAUAUUGGGAAGAUGCCAUUGUACAAGCCCAUGCCCCCUUCUUUCUCCUGCUCUGUCCCUUCAGCUCUCUCUCUAGAUGGGUAUUUUUAGGGGACCCCAGACUCCGCUCGUGUUGAGGUGGAGCCCUUGUUUUUAUUGUAAAGAAAACGUCCAACUCUGCCCUCCUCUCCUCUCCUCUCCUCUCUCUGUCUCUCCCUCCCGUUUUGGCACUGUUCUGUUCUUGUCUGUGUAUACAGUAUAUAUAUAUAUAUGUAUAUAUAUUUUAGUUUUUUAAUUUAAGCGAUAGCGCUGUUAUUAAACUGGGCCCUGUGAGCUGUAGGAAGGCUAUGGGCUCCCCAAGGCCGGCCGAGGGUCAGUGCUGUGAGGAAGAUGAGCAUGGUGGCAGAACGCAGCCCCUGGGGCAGUGGGCCAUGGCGGGCUGCAGACAGCUUUCCUGGUGCUCCCUCGCCUCUUCCCAGGAGGCCUUACCUGUGUUUUCAGGGCUCGGGCCUCCCUGGGGGGGGGGGGGGGGGGGGGGG